AUGGCAACAACUUCUGCAUCUUCUGCAUCAUCUUCAUCAUCAGCUGAAGUCACAAAAUUAAAUCCUGAAUAUUAUCAUUUACCAGAAUUAGAUUCACUUGAUACUGUUUAUGAUGUUUGGAAUGAAUGGAAUGUGGGACUUAAUGGGAAUCCAUCAGUAAUUACAUUAUUAGAAACUUAUGGAACCACUUGGGCCAGUGAAAAUAAAGAUCCUUUAAUUGCUCGUAAAAAAAUUAUAAAGGAAAUACAAGUAAGGAUAAAUAAUGAUUUGGCAAUUGAUGAAGUUAUUAAUGAUAUGGAAAGAAUGAAAGCUGGUCAAGGUUUAAGUUGGCUAUCAAAGAAAUUUGGAAAAAAAAGAGAUUCUACAAAUAGAUAA